AUGUUUUCGAUAGUGCGUUUUAUGGCUGUACUUGGGGCAGAGGAGGAGAUUCACCUCUUCAGCCUGUGGGGAGACAAGGGGCUGAAGGCCACUGGGAAGGAGGGAGCGGCUACUGGAAUCGUAGACCACAGCGAGGCCACUGAAUUCGCCUACACAAAAAGCAACAAGUUCGUCCUGACUGGUGCAAGAAAGUACGUCUUGGAUUGGAAUAGGGGGAAUGAUAGCAUAAUCUCGUGGACUAACAACAGCCACGGGGACUCAAACCAGAAAUUCAGGUUUGAAAAGGCCCUAUCAGAUCCAAGGUACCUCAAGGUGACGGAUGGAAGGAGGUGUAUGACAUUCAACUACAGCAAAAACACCGUUGAAUUCAACCAAUGCAACAAGUCGUUGGAACAGGUCUUCCUAAAGAAGAUCAGGCAGGCAACAAACACGUUUUUGGUGUACACGAAGAAGGGGCCUCAUGGAAUACGAGCCAAGUUGGAGGUGAAUACACCAAUUGAACUGGUGGAUCCAGGGAAGACAGAGAGCAUCUACUGCGAUGGAUCUACGACAAAAGUUGGACUGGCGUACGCACAGCAGUCGGCAUUUGAGUUCAACAGCAGCACAGGUGAAUUUGUGCUGAAAUUGGAGUCAGCUGGGCAAGUACGACAGGAUGUGACAUGUGAAAUGGGGGUUGGUAACGAAUUCAGGCUAAAACACGAUGGAAAGUGUUUAACAGUAGACGAGAGCAAAAUGAGACUGGUUCUGGAGCCAUGUAGUGACAAAAUUGAACAGAUUUUCAUGAAGAGCCUGAAAGAGAAGGAAAAGGAUGUUGGGGUAGUGGAACCAAGGGCAUUUAAGUUGACAAACAGGGACAAUACAAGGGCAUUGAAGGGUAUUGCAGAGUCAGGGGAGGAAAUACGCGUAAAGAACAGGGAAGAGGGAACACUCUGGAACGAGGAUAAGGAGGCACCAUCAGUGGACAUGAAGGGCGGAAACUACUCCAUGGACUACUUGGAGAAGGCGCAAACAAUGGGAAUGUGGAAGAAGGUGCCAGGAGCAGAAGACCAGAGGGUGACACUUGAACCAGAUGGCAAUGGGCUGUUUUAUCUCAAAAACAAGGGGCUUUGUGGGACAUUUGAAGGAGACGUCAUAAAAAUGAGGAAGUGCGAUGGAUCGGCUGAACAGAAAUUCAACAAAUUGACAGCUGAGGACGAGAUGGCAUUGGCAAAGGGAAGCAAGGCAAAUCCAGAGACAGGGGGACACCACUACGACAUUCACAUUACGGGGCCAGGUGAGGAGCACGUGGAUGGGAAGAAUCCAACAAUUCACGUAGAUGGGUCACAUACAGUGAAGAUAAAACCAUCAAAAGACGAUUCAAAGGAGCCUGAAAUAGUAAUAGAGCCAAUGGAAGGAAAGGAAGGGGUUGAAGAGCAGCCAAUAGCAGUGGCAGGCGUGAGGGAGCUAGCAGUAGGUGAAAAUGGAUUAUAUGGAGAUUUGGGAAGAAGUGGAAGACCAGGGUCAGCCAUGAGACCACGAAGAGGGGUGAAAGGAAUGAGAGAGGGCGAUCCAAGUGGAAGAGGCUCCUUGAACAAAGCAGCUGAAGCACUUGGAGCAGCGAAUCCAUUGGGAAAGGGGACUGAGAAGGUAAGCGAUCCAUUGGAUAAGGCAACUGGAGCAGAGAAAGUGGCUGAAAUAACGAGCAAAGCAGGUGCAACAAAUGACAAGACACCUUCAACAGGAAGUGGUAUGAGAAAGAUAAAUAAGAAUGCAAAUGGAGCAGGAAAUAAGGAAACAGCUGGAGACAACAAGAAUGACGGGGCAAAAGGACGUCUAAGAAUGGAUGGGCGAACAGGAGUGUCAUGCACUGAUGACACGUGUUUGAAUGGACACAUUUCGCCAGCAAGUGAUUUGUAA